GGACAAAAAGAAGAAGCAUUGCAGGCUGAUGACAAAAAUUGAUGAAAUUUUUGUGUAAAAAAACAACAAAAGGUAGACAAUGCUGAAGAAGAAACUAGAGGCCUUGGGGUAUCCCACACCCAGUGAUAUGGCGCUUAGCAAUCGCAAGGAUUUUGCGAGCAUUGUCCUCUGGCUGGAGGACCAAAAGAUACGACAAUACGCUAUAGAAGACCGCGUAAUACUGCGCAAUGUAGAAAAUAUCGAAAUGUGGGAGGAUGCCUACCAGAAGUACUGUGCAGACCUAAAUAUGCCGAGCCUGGGGACACAAAACGAACAACUCGCCUGGAUAGUGGGCCAUGCCAUACGUCUGGAGUUUCUGGACGAUCCAGCCCAGUACGAGUCGAUCAACAGCAAGCAAAUGCAGCCCAAAAUCAACAACAAGCAGUCGCAAAAAAAAGAGCAGAUGAUAUUUGACGGACAAAUUAAUGUUAACGAUAAAGAAUUUAUUGCUGGAGUGCGCACACUGGCUGGCCAACUAAAUGUGCCUCAUCAUCCGAAUCAUCUGGUGCAGCUGGAGGCCGUAGCCAGGGUGGUACACGAACGCCUUUCGCCAGCUGCCAGGGGACGACAGCCCAUUGUGGGAACACCCUUUCCAUUUGACAAGGGCAACGAUGUGGUGUCCGACAGUGAUGCCGCCCUGGACCUACCCAUGCGCAUACUGCGCCUCUUGCAGAUCCAGAGUCUGCGUCAGUUGCAAACGCACAUCAAUGAGACGAUCGUGUCGGUUCAAAAUCUAACUGCCAAUCCAAAGACUGACACCAAGCUGGGAAAAGUUGGAUUCUGAAGUGGGGAUGGAUAUUCUAAUGAACAGAUGCAAAAGCCAAGCAAGAACAGUACAUAACUAAUUUAAUGAGUUGGGGCUAGCUAAUAAAACCGUCUAGCGUCUAGCAAAGAA